AUGAAUAUUAUAGAAAUGGUAUUUUUUCAUCUGUAUUCAGUGUUACAGUGGUAUUUUCGACCCUUUAUUAAAUGGUUCCUUCGUAAAACUACAAAAUUAUGUGAACUUCAAAGAAUUUGUUAUGGUGAUAGAGUAGGAACUCAAAGGACAUGUAACAUUGAAAAUUCUCUUAUGUUAUCACGGACGAAAGAUGUUAAAGAAGUAGUAACAUUUUUGGAUGCAGUGGUGAAAGAACGAAGAUUUAUUCCAUCCAACUUUCACCAAUUCUUAGAGCCCUCUAUCAAUAUUAUAAUUAGAGUGAAAAAAAUUAAUCGUAAAAUUCAUGAUGCUUUUAUACCAUCAUUUCGUUUAUGCUUACAACAAAUAUGGUGUUAUCGGCAAUUGAUUGAGGAAGUUGAAGAUUUACGUUGUACACAAUUUGAUAGUAAUAACACAAGUCAUGAGGAGAAGCUGCUAAAUUUAUGGGACCUCAUGGUGCCUGAUAAACCAUUGGAGGCAAGGGUAUCAAAAGACUGGCAAUAUAUUGGAUUUCAGGGAGAUGAUCCAAAAACUGACUUCAGAGGAAUGGGACUCUUAGGACUAGAAAAUUUAUUAUAUUUUGCGACUGAAUAUCCUCAAGUAGCGACUCAUGUUUUGAGUCAUUCAAGACAUCCGAAGUAUGGUUACACAUAUGCUAUCGUCGGUAUAAAUUUGACUUCUAUGGCAUAUUAUCUUUUGAAGGACGGAUCGGCUAAGACAUAUAUGUUUAACUCUAAACCGCAUCUACCUGACAUCAGUUUGUUCCACAAAUUUUAUUGCUAUCUCUUUUAUGAAUUUGAUAAACUCUGGAUUGCGUCAAAACCAGAGAAUAUUAUGGAGUUUUCUAUGAUUUUCAAGAAGUUUGAGAAUGCUAUUCGGACAGAACUGGCUGAUCCUGCUUCAGUGUUCAGAAUAAAUGUCGAAGUUGACACUAUAUGA